UGCGUUUUGUUUCCCCUUUCAAACCUUUCUCUUUAUACUACCCUUAUUCUUUAGCCUCUUCCUCUAAAACCCUAACUGUCUCCUGCCAUGAACAAACAAGAAGACAUGGAAUCCAGUGACCAAGAAAGAAAGAACAGCAAUAACAGUAGCAGCAACGAGCCUGAUUCUGAUGAGUUUAAUCAGAUUUAUAAACUAAGCAAUGACUUUGAUCUUGAUCUUUCUUUGAUACCCAGAAGAGCCUCUCCUGACCCGCUAUUGUCUUCUUCUCCAUCACCUCAACUGUUACCUCCAAAUCAAGAAAUCCAAACCCCUGCGGCGACCAUUUCCGAUACUCCAACCCAUUUUCGCUGGCAUCCCAUUUUCGCUGCAACUAUUACACCUCACAUGACGCCUCCUCACGAGGCUUGUUAUGCUGCUGCUUCUAUUGCCCUUUCUUUGCAGCGCCAAAAGGCUUACACCGGUGGUCUCUCUCUCCCUACACGUGCUCGGCGUAACCCUAGCCAGACCCCACGCCAUGGCAAGAGCGAAAAUAUUCCUCCGCCUUUCCCUUGGGCUACUAAUAAUCGAGCCACCGUGCAUAGUCUCGAUUUCUUGCUGUCGAAAAAGAUUGAAACCAUUACUGGUGCCGUCCAAUGCAAAAGAUGUGAGGAGCAGUAUGAAUUGGGGUUUAAUCUGAGAGAGAAGUUUGUUGAAGUCAGGACAUUUAUUGCUGAAAACAAGAGUUCCAUGCAUCAUAGGGCUCCGAGUGUGUGGAUAACUCCGAUCUUGCCUACUUGCAAAUAUUGCAAGCAAGAAAAUAGUGUAAAGCCGCUCAUUUCUGAGAAGAAGAAAUCGAUUAAUUGGCUGUUCUUGCUACUGGGUCAGACGCUGGGUUGCUGUACUCUUGAGCAGUUGAACUAUUUCUGCAAGCACAGCAAGAAUCAUGGAACUGGGGCUAAGGGUCGCGUUCUUUAUCUUACAUAUCUUGGAAUCUGUAAGCAGCUUGAUCCUAAUGGUCCUUUUGAUCGCUGAAAUUAACAAACAGGAGAGGAUCGAUGACAGUUUCUGGAUUCUAUGAGGGACUGGAUACCAUUUGGUACUUGUUGAUGUAAAAUGGUAAUUGCAAUAGUAGCAGUAGUAUGCGUGAGGUAGUUCAGUGUGGAUUCACAUAAGGAUUUCUUUUAAUGGUUGAGCUAGAUAUGCUAUCUUGAAAUUCUUUCAUUUCUUUUAAUUUUCAUCUAAAUACCAUUCUAGUUAUUCAAUUGCACGUCAA